ACUCCAUUUCCCGUGAUGCAUCUCUCUAGCGCUACGCGCUGCAGCGGUACACGCGUCGCGUCGCUGAUAACAUCUCGCGCAAUGGCUGCGGCUCUAUCUCGAGCUCUGAAAUUACCAGGUAAGAAGGGCUCAGAUCUGGGCGAGUAUGACCCGCUGACGCAGGCCGACAGCGAGGAUGAGACGGAGGACGACGAUCUGGUCCUGAACUAUCCUCGUAACGGUCUGAGCCCUGCGGUGGCCGACCUGAGGGACGAGGAGGAGGAGUUCGAUGAGGAGGAGGAGUGGAGGGCACAGCGGCUGCAGAGAGAGGGGGCGGGGCAUGUCGAAGAGGCGGGGCCGGGGCGGAGCCAGGGCGGAGACUCCGAGGAGAAGGUGGCGCGUGUGCGAGGGGCGGUGCGGACCGCCGCCUUCCUGCUGCCGCUGAGCUGCGCGGCGCUGCUGGUGCUGCUGUGCGCCUUUCUCAUUCCCUGCCCGCAGGGGGCGCCGCACCAGCCGCAGUGGGAGCGAGAGCUCGGAGACGUGGGCGGUGUGACGUCGCCGCCGCUGGCAUUGUGGGACGUGGAUGGAGACGGACUGGAGGACGUUUUGAUUGGCGUCACGAACAUCUCUAAUGACAGUCAGCCAAUGAACGCACAGAGCAAAGAGUUCAGCGUGUCGGCAGUGAGCGGCGUCGGCGGGCAGCUGCUGUGGACGAGGCCGCUGCGAGAGCCGCUGUUCUCCGUUCAGUGUGGACUGCAGACAGGAAGUACAGAUCCACUGUGGAGGAAGCCGUCCUCCGCCUGCGUCCUGAUCAGCUCCGGUCACAUCAUCACCGUGAACGCCUCCACAGGCCGGACGUGGUGGACGGCAGCUGUGGGUGACGUGGAGUCUCACGCGGUUCUGCUGCCUGAUCUGGACGGAGACGCGUUCCCAGACCUGCUGAUCGCAACACUUCCAGCAGACCAGGUGUCUGAUCUGGCUCUGGUCCUGAUCUCCGGACGGUCAGGAGCUCUGAUUGGCCGGCCGGUGAACUUUAACCUCACGGCUCAGGGGAAGCUGAUUGGUCCGCUGCUGCACGAGACGCUGAAGGGAGCCUAUUAUGUGCUGUUUGGACUGGGCACGGUGGAGGGCGUCUCCCUCAGCUUCAUUUACAGUCAGGCCACAGGCGGGACGGCCGCGUCUCGGGUCAGUCUGAAGGAGCCCAGCUGGGAGCGUCUGAGGAAGAGCAACUCUUCAUCGCUCAUUCACAUCAGCAGUGCGUCUGAGCAGGUGGAGUUCCUGCUCCCUCUGGUGGCCGGUCUGUGUCAUCAGCACAAUAACCUGGACAGCGCGUCGGUGCUGAACUCCAGCCGCAGCGACUGGAUCCUGCUGUCCGGAGCGAGCGGCCAGCUGUCCGUGCUGAGAGAGAGCGACACGCACACCGCCUGGAGCCUCGGCCUCGCCGCCAUACACACUCGCCCGGCGUUGGGUCACUUCAAUGACGACGGUGUUCCUGAUCUACUCAUUCAUCAGUCGACCAAUGGCGUCAGGAAGGUGCAGAUCAUCGACGGCGCUCGUGGGCGGAGCUUGUGGGAGGCGGGGUUUGUGUGUCCUCGUCUGGCGGUGGAGGAUUCGUCCGUUCUCACCACGUCCGGCCAAUCCGUGUUCCUCUUCUGGGCUGGAGAUCCGAUCUCGCAGGCGCAGAACGUUACCAAGGCAACCAACCAGGCGGCUGCCGCGGCCGAGCCGGUUCUCCGCAAGCUCUUCCUGUUCCACCCGUACUAUCCCACAAUCCUCCUGCAGCUGAGCAGCACCACGGACACCGUCCUCACGGCAACAGUGAGUUACCAGCCGCAGCAGAAGGACGCGUCCUACAUCAGCGUCUCGUCUCGGCCCACGUCCGGCCGCCGUCCGGCCGCGCAGCUGCUCAAGAGCCUCAGUCUGAGGGCGGCCAUCGCUGCCGCCCAGAUCGUACAGCUGCCGGACGCCAGCAGAGACGCCGCAUCCGCCAAACCCGCCGCCUUCCACCUCAACAAGUUCUUCAGACGCCUGUCCUUCAAACAGUGACGCUCCUCGAUCCUCCGCUGGAUGAACGUAUGAAGUUAUUGAUUUGUUUCAUGAUGAUGAAGACGCGUGUAAAUACUUGAACUGAUGAUGCAUUCAAACUCACACAAAGCCCAGAGGAACCGUCACAUGACAGCUGCUGUUCAUUCAUCCUUUAAUAAUAAUAAUAAUAAUAAUGAUAAUAAUAAUGUUGUGUUUUUAUGGUUUCACUCUCGCUCUGGCCAGUGAAGUGAGUUUUCAUGGCUUUGCACGUUGAGUUUGUUUGUUGUAGAUAUUUUUGACCGUCUGUACAGUAUUUAUAGCAGCGAGCCGGACUGAAGUAAUGAUGUAAAUAAUGCUGGAGUAAUAAAGACGUUCAUUCUGCUGGA